AUGGCCGACAGCGGCGGCACGGGCAGCUCCGGGCCCUGGUGGAAAUCGCUGACCAACAGCAGGAAGAAAAGCAAGGAAGCCGCGGUAGGGGCGCAGCCUCCCGCGCAAGCCGCCCCCGGGGAGCCCGCGCCGCCCGCGCCGCCCAGCCCGGACUGGACUAGCAGCUCCCGGGAGAAUCAGCACCCCAAUCUCCUCGGGGGGACCGGCGAGACCCACAAGCCAGACAAGUUGUGCGGGGAGAAAUCGGGCUGCAGCCGCCGCAAUUUGAAGAUCUCGCGCUCCGGCCGCUUUAAAGAGAAGAGGAAAGUGCGCGCCACUCUGCUCCCUGAAGGAGUCAGGUCCCCGGAGGAGGCGGACUUCCCUGGCGACCCGCACGGCGACACGCAAUAG